AAGAAUUGACACAAUAUAAACAUUUUUUUUUUGGUCUGUACCAUAAUGAACUCCAUUAAAAACAAAAAAUUGAAUGAAUUGUGAAUCGCUCUUCAACCAUUUGAUUUAUUUUCUUAACAACUGCAGAGAAGGAUAACAGCGAAAAGACCAUGACAAGCAGCAGUAGCACAGUACAAUCACAGCAGAGAUGGUCUCUCAAGGGAAUGACUGCUCUUGUCACUGGAGGUACCAGAGGGAUUGGACAUGCCAUAGUAGAGGAGUUAGCUGAACUAGGAGCAACAGUUCACACUACGGCUAGGAACGAAGACGGUAUCAAAAACUGCUUGAAAGAUUGGCAGGAAAAAGGUUAUAAAGUUACCGCUUCAGUCUGUGAUGUUUCAGUUCCGGCUGAAAGAAAGAAACUAAUAGAAACUGUAUCCGGUGUAUUUGAUGCCGAACUCAACAUCCUUGUGAACAAUGUCGGGACAGGUGUGUUCAAGGAAAGCGUGGAUUACACCGACGAGGAUCAUGCUAGAACCUUCGCAACUACCUUUGAUUCUGGUUAUGGUCUAUCCAUACUUGCACACCCUUUGUUAAAAGCAUCUGGUUCGGGGAGCAUAGUUUUCAUUUCCUCUGUUGCUGGAGUCGUCGCAAUACCGUUGCUUUCAAAUUAUUCAGCUUUUAAAGGAGCAAUCAAUCAAGUAACCAAGAGUUUUGCCUGCGAAUGGGCCAAAGACAAGAUUCGAGUCAACUGUGUUGCACCAUGGGUUAUCAGAACCCCUAAGCUCCAAACGAUGCUAGAAGACAAGGAGCACGUAGAAAGCUUAAUCUCACGAACCCCAAUCCGUCGCCUAGGUGAACCAGAGGAUGUCUCAUCUCUGGUUGCUUUCCUAUGCCUCCCAGCUGCUUCUUACAUAACUGGCCAAGUUAUUUGCGUAGAUGGUGGAUUUUCAGUCAAUGGUUUCCAUCCACUACAUGACUAGUACAGUGAAUUUCAGUAAUUGGUUAUUGCAGUGUUGUGUUAUUAUUUGAAUUAUGAAUCAAGUGUCAAAUAAAACAAAUAACGUAUAUUUAUCGUUUCUCUUUAUUCGUUACUUCAUUCACAUCGUAAUGUAUAUAAGUUUGAGUACAUUUUCAUGGAGAUCAUUUUACAUGAA